UUGUCCACCAAGAACGUUUUUGCCUGCACUCUGUAGGAUUUUCCUUGACGAGUGUGCUCCAGACAACGUGCUGGAAGUAACUGCGAGAGCCAUAACCUAUUACCUGGAUGUGUCAGCUGAAUGCACGAGGCGUAUAAUCGCAAUCGAUGGAGCGGUAAAAGCCAUUUGUAAUAGACUAGUCGUGUCCGAUUUUAGCGAAAGAACAAGUAAAGAUCUGGCAGAACAAUGCAUAAAGGUUUUAGAAUUGAUAUGCGUUCGAGAAGCGGGCGCGGUUUUCGAGGGAGGAGGUCUCGGAUGCGUUUUAAUGUUUAUCCGCGAUAACGGUUGGAGGGUGCACAAAGACACUCUUCAUUCUGCCAUGGCUGUCGUUUCAAGAUUAUGUACUAAAAUGGAACCUCAGGAUUCUUCUCUACCUGCUUGCGUCGAAGCUUUAUCAACACUACUGAAGCACGAAGAUACUCAUGUUUCAGAUGGAGCUCUGAGGUGUUUCGCAUCUUUAUCGGAUAGGUUUACCCGUCGCGGAGUCGAUCCGGCUCCAUUAGCGGAGCACGGACUUGUCAACGAGCUUUUAUCGCGGUUGUCGAAUGCUGCAGGUCCUGCUGCCGUCACGAACGGACCCGUCACUCUCGGAGCAAAUACGAGUACGUCGGCUCCGGAAACAACAAAAUGUUCGUCGUCUGUUUCGACCAUCAUUAGCUUAUUAUCCGCUUUGUGUAGAGGAUCCCACAGCAUCACCCAUGAUUUAUUAAGAUCUCAAUUACCUGAUGCGAUUGAAAAAGCAUUGCAAGGAGAUGAAAGGUAA